UCUGGAACACACACACACACUGUGCUGCACCUGCUCCACGAAAGCCGAACAACUCGUCCCCCCUAUCCCCUCGUCCGACGGCGCCGUGCCGGCGGCGCGAUCGGAGGCCGGAGCUCCUCCCGUCCAGAUCUCCGUCCCCCUCCUCCUCUCCGUCUCUUGGAGUGUGAACCCAACUACCCGAAGGCGCCCUUCCUCCGCCGCAUUCCGAUCUGAUGGCCGGAUCUCGCAACUGGGCGGAUCUACCGGACGGGCCGACGGCGCUCAUCGCCGACCGCGUCCUCGCCUACGACGUCGCCGACUACGUCCGUUUCCGCGCCGUGUGCCUCCCGUGGCGUCGAUGCUCAGCGGACCCGCGCGCGCACGGCAGCCUCGACCGCCGGUUCCAUCCCCGGCGGUGGGCGAUGCUCCGGGAGGAGCUCGCGGCGCCCAACCGCCGCUCCUUCCUGAACACCUCCACCGGCGAGUGCGUCCAGGUGGACCUCCCGGAGCUCCAUGACCACUGCGUGCUCGCCCUCACCUCCGAGGGCCUCCUCGUUCUGGUCCACCACAAGCCGCAGCGCAACACCGUCCGCCUGCUCAACCCGUUCACCGGCCACCUCACGGAACUCCCGCCGCUCACCACGCUGCUAUCUCCACACGACCAGCACAUGCGUAUGGAUCUGAUUGGCCGUUUCAAAAGGGUGUUAGCAGCGUGGGGCUCCGGCGUUGCCAAUGAUGAUUCGACAGUGGUGCUCUGCUUCAACACGCUCGACGUGCUUGGCAUGGCCAAGCCCGGCGAUGACCACUGGACGUUGUUAAAAUGCCAAUUUGGUUCGAUGUUAUCGCCCUUAAUGCUGGCAGGCCGAUUCUACUGCGUUAACUGGCACAAUGGUGUCAUGGUGCUGGAAACCAGCGGAGAUCAGCCACCACGGCUGGAGAUGGCCUCCGAGCUGAAUUUGAGUGGCUCACUGAUUGAGGGUAGUCUGCACCUGGUGAACAAUUGUGGGGAGCUCAUGCUGGUGCACCGUUGGAGCGGACCAUUGUCAUCGGUGAACAGAUUGGGUUAUUGGUACGAUGCAUAUCGAGUGGAUUUGGACAAGCGGACGCUAUUCCCGGUCAACAGCUUGGGCGGCGCCACCGGGCGUGCGGUGUUCAUGGGCAUGCAUUGCUCCCUAUCGGUGUCCAUACAGAAUUUCCCUUCUGGCUCCAUUACUGCUGACACCAUCUACUUAGGCUUUGACGUUGCUGAAAGAGCGGGGUUUAAAGUUGGAGCAUAUCAUCUCGCAGAUGGAAGCAUCGAAGGCACCGGCAGAUAUGAGGGUCGCUUGGUGCCACGGCCGCAUACUCUUGUUGACUGUCUAUGUUUAGCCAAUACCGUCUGAGGAGCUAUCCCAUUUCCUUGAUGUUUAGCGUGCAUGGAUGCGCAAUAUGUAUCUGCACACUUUGUUGCUGAGUUUCGUUUCAAGGUGCACACAUACAGAUUUGUAUGCAUGUUAUCAAGAGAAGAAGUGUGUUGCACUCUUUUACAGUAGUCCAAGUAUUUGCCUAAUCAGUUUGUGGCUUUGGCAAAAAGCAAAGCAACUUAUUAUUUCCUCAGUUGGAAAGCAGGCCUGUCUGCUUUCAUGGCAGAAAGGUUGUUUUCGGCUGCGGUGACUUUGUGAGAUCUUGGGAAGAUGGUUAGUUCAAAAACAAACCUUUUAUGCCCUUUACCAUGGUUUAUAUGACAUUUGUAAGCAAAUAAUUUUUCUGGUUUCUAUCUGUGUUGUUAGUUCCCCAACCUAGUAGUUUGUGGAGCCAAGUAUUUCUUGAUAGCAAAGAGAAAGCAGGCAACGCUGGCUAUUAUAGGUGUUCAGGAGCACCACUUCUUCAGAAGCUGGAUGGAUUUAACAUCGACAACCCUGGACUUCCUAUGGAUGGCUAUAUGACAUUUUGUGGCUGGUCAGCAAUAUGUAAAAUGUUCUGCUCUCCAUUUUAAGGUAGUUUUGCUUACUUCACAUCAUUCCCUUCCCCUCCCAGAGAUAAAUAUUCAUGUUUGCUCCACAUGGUAUACUCUUCGUUUUGUAUGGUGCUAGUUCUCCGUGGGCUUAUAUGACUUACUCAACUGCAAAACUGCGGAAGUUGUUGCCAAUAAAUCUUUGUGUAAUGUCUAGCAGGGCCCGAGCUCUUGCAUGAUAUGAAUGUCUCACCAUUUUCAUCAUCCAACACACAAUCCCAAAUUUUGGUUGCUGACAGCAGUCAGGCAAUUUGUUAAAGGUUUCUGAAAUUGAAUUAAGCUUACCGCACUUGUAUAUUAUUGUUUCUGUUAUAUAUUCAGCCAGAAGAGAAAUAGUCAUGGGCAACAAUAUGUUACUGGGGAUCCAAGUGGAUCCAUAUCAAAAGAAAUCUUCUUGACAAGACAAUUGGCCAAAAGGUGUAACGGCAAACUGAAUAAAGGCAAGGUGAUGAAAGAUGGAUCAUCAUUAAACAUAAGUUCCUUCCGUUAUUUUUCCAGAUUCAGGCAAAAAAAUGUUAAAUUGUCAUAUGUGCACUAGGAUUUAUACGAGUUUGAAAGGAUUAGGAGGUUGAUAUACAUGCAGAUGCGGAUGUGGUAGAAGCUUGAGGCUCAGAUGAGGCUGUAAUAUUAUGUCUUGAUGAGUUUAUGGUAUGUUUAUCCUUGUCCUUACCAUCACAUUGUUGUGUUAGUGUACAUAUAAGCAAUUACUAGUACUCGCUCUUAUAUUUCUUUACAGAGGGAGUACAUGAUAAUUAUCGGAUAUUCUCAUUCUCAUAGUUCCAAAUUUGAAAGCAUACAUGUUUGCUAAGGCAUCCGAAAAACGAUUUACAGGUAACUGACGCUACUUGACUGUUAGUAGCCCGCCUUCUUAAUGAACUGAGAUUGAAUCCUUGGAAGCUCAGCUGUCAGUCCAAGAAAUCGCUUAUGAGAAGUGUUCUCCUUUUUUUUAGUAGUAGUAGCUUGAAUGUUGGUUUUCUGGAAACCGUUGGCUAAGUAGAAUAUAUCAAUAAAUGUGCGUCUGGCGAGUGAAACCUGAUAGCUGCAAAGCUAUGGUCGUAUUUUGCAUUUUUUUCCCCCUCUAGAAUGCACAUAAGCUAUGCGUAUCAUAUAUAGAGAGAAGAAACGGUAGAUUUCGCAAAAGAAGAAGAAGAAGAAGAAGAAGAAGAAGAAGAAACAGUAGAGUGCUCGGUGAAAACAUGCAAAUCUCCACAGAGAAGACCCGCCAUAUCAGCCAAGUCUUAAUUUCCUCUAGCACCCUUUUUAUCACCACAAUGCUCAAUGGCGUUGCCCUAUUGAAGACGACGGCAUUUCUGCUGUACUCCUUUCGUUCCAUAAUAUAAGAGUGUAUUUAACGAAUAUCCUAUUCUGAGCCCAGGCUCAGCUGCACUCGGUGUACAAUAAAUUCAAAAAUACUAGUAGAAAGAUUUAAUUUUUUUGUGGAGAAA